AUGAGCAGACCAGCCAAUCGCGACGCGGCCGACGCGCUAGCCAGAGAGGCGAGGGCGAUUCGCUCCGCGCGUGGCCAUAAGACACCGACGCCGCGCACACGUGGCCACUGUUCGUUGACCUUUGGUGUCGGAGGCAUGUUCAUUGCACCGGACGGCGUGAGAUCCCUGGAUUUGACAUUGGGCAGCCUCUUUGGCUGUGGCGCUCAGCCUGGCUGUUCCGAAAACGUCUUCUUAAACAGGCUACUUUAUUUAGCUGCCACUGGCUACGGAUUACGAAAAAGGGGCCACGAUUUGAGUUCCGAAAACAGCAGCGCUGUCGUUAGUCUGCCAUAUGCCCCCUCUCUAUCCUGUGACGAGGCCUUUUCCACAUGUUGUAAUAAUUUGUUUCAGCCCAGAGUGGAAGGUGGUUCUGUCGGGCCUUCUGCACCCCCAUCUCGAGUCCUGCAUGUUCGCGGACUGCCUGCAGAGACAGCCGAAACCGACAUAGUGAAACUGGCAAUGCCAUUCGGACCAAUCGCUAAUCUUGUUCUCACCAAGAAGACUGGACAGGCCCUCAUUGAGAUGGCAAAUCAGGAAAUUGCCACACAGAUGCUCGAAUACUACCAAUUCUACCCGCCUCUCUUCAACGGAGGCAGCGAGUCAGCGAUACUGCAGUACUCGAAGUAUCAGACACUGGAGAUAAGCGGGAUAAGUCGGCCUGUCUCCGACGCAAUCGCCAUGGCGAACGACCACUUCCUCCGAUUUGUCGUCGAGACCCCGACGCGACCAAGAGUUCUCCGUGUUUUUCUCGAGCCUGCGCCGACCAAUCAGCUUAAUUACAUGGAUUACUUCAAAAUAUUCUACAGACACGGCGCAAUACUGCGGAUAAUCGUCUUCAAAAUGUCCGGCCGGAGUCAGGCCUUUGUUGAGUUCAAUUCUCCCGUUUCUGCGCACGCUGCACUGCUGGUGAGUUUCCGGAUCUUUACGAGUUCAAACGAAGGUAUUUACCUAAACACCGCCAAUGUGGUCGUUAACUUGGUCCGAUAG